AUGGCAACCCCCAACCACACUGGUACCAGCCAUUCACUCUUCAUUCUGCUGGGGAUCCCUGGCCUGGAAGACCAGCACAUAUGGAUCUCUCGCCCCUUCUUUAUUUCUCACCUUGUUGCUGUCCUUGGGAAUAGCCUCCUUGUCUUCAUCGUCGUCACUGAAUGCAGCCUCCAUGAACCCACGUACUUCUUCCUCUGCAUGCUGGCUGUGGCUGACCUCAUCUUGUCCACUACCACUGUGCCCAAAGCCCUGGCCGUAUUCCGGUUCCAUGCUGGAGAGAUUUCCCUCGAUGGCUGUGCCACCCAAAUCCUCUUCAUCCAUGCCACCUUCAUUGCUGAAUCGGUAAUCCUGUUGGCCAUGGCAUUUGACUGCUCUGUGGCCGUCUGUGACCCACUGCGCUAUGUCAGUGUGCCCUGUUGUGAAGUAAUCAUAAGGGUUGGUCUGGCUGUGGUCCUGAGGAGCUUCUCUGUGAUACUCCCAGGUGUGUUCCUGGUGAAGAGACCACCUUUCUGCCAUAGCAAUGUGCUACCACAUACCUACUGUGAGCACAUGGCUGUUGCUAAAUUUGCUUGUGCUGACAUUCGUGUCAAUGUCUGGUAUGGCUUGUCUGCUCUGCUCUCUACUGCAAUGAUAGAUGCCUUGCACAUCUGGGUUUCCUAUACCUUCAUCCUCAACGCAGUCUUCCGCCUCCCUUCCCGAGGAGCUUGGCAAAAGGCCCUAGGCACGUGUGGCUCCCAUCUUGGGGUCAUUUCCAUGUUCAUUACUGGCAUUUUUACCAUAAUCGCCCAGCAGUUUGGGCAUCAUGUUCCUCCUUAUGCCCACAUUCUGCUGGCAAACACCUGCAUGUUUGAAGGGAACAUCAAACAUCCUCAACUGAAGGGAAAAAAUCCCCACCAUCAUUUACAUUGGCCAAACCCAAGACAGAGACACAGAGAAGCAGAAAAGCUGAUUUCGUAACCUACUCUUCUAUUAAAAAAUAUUUCUCUAUGACCCAUGUUGGGUAUACAGAAUCCAACCCUCCCCCAGUACAUCCCAUUCAUAGAGGACUGAGUUCUCCUCCAUAUUCUCUCCAGUGGAUCAACCAA